AUGACGGAAUCAGAUGUAGCCUCCGCUGUCGUGGUGCCCGACGCGACUCCUUCGUCACCACGCCGCUCGCCUGUCGCAUCACAAAGUCCACAAGAAGCUCGCGCUGGAAUCAAACGUCGCCAAUCUUCUGCAUCUCACGAGUCCCCGAAGAGACAGCGCCUGUCGCCUUCUCCGGACAGAAUCAAGAAGGAAGAACAUAAAUCACCCAUUCGCGAACGACGCCCAGUAAAGUCAAUUGACGAAAAGAAACGUAAUCAAAGACUCUUCGGAGGACUACUAGGAGGACUGGCCCAGAAAAGACCUGCAGCAAAUUCACAAGCAGCCAAACGACGAGCUGAGCAAGAAGAGCGCCGUCGGCAGAAAGAGCACGAGCUUAGCGAACGACAAACAAAACGACUUGAGCUACUCAAUGUCGCAAGGAAGAAGGAGCAGCACAGAGUUGAUGAAGGCAGUAUGCGCAUCAAGCACGAAAACAUGAAGGCCAUGACCAACUUCUUGACAACUUCAACCGAGCCAAAGCUAUACUUCAGACCAUGGGAAUUGUUACCGGAACAAGAGGACCUGAUCAAUCGUCAGCGCGAAGACGUUGAUGUUCAAAUAGAUCAGGACCUGGACGAUUUCGAUCAGAUUCGUCAACGCCGGCAAACCGAAGAUGCCAACGGACACUCUGAUCACGUUGCGCCAGAUACGUCCAAUGGUACGGAUCAUGCUUCUGAAUCUGCAAAUAUUCAAGAAGUUCCCGUCACGGAACCUGUAUCAGAGCCAUCGACUGCAACUGUAGUUGAUACGACUGAAGACACGGCGAAUCAACAGCAAGAGCAAGAGCAAGAGCAGAUUCAAGAUCAUGCGGCAGAAGAAGUUGGUCGACAUAGAAAGGACAGCAUUGAUGACACAGGCGACAUUGUAGUCGAGGCUGACGAAGACACGGUCAUCUACUAG